AUGCUGCGACAAUCCCGGCGGUCAGAUCACUCUCGAACAAAGUCUCCGCAGGGAUUGAGAGAAGCAAACAGCACUGAUUCCACGGACAAUGAUAAUCGGGGCAAAUACACCUAUCCACGACGACGAGAAGGUUUCUGGAAUAACCCAAUGAAUGCCGUGGCCAUUUUUGCUGGGUCGUUUGCCUUUGCUGCAAGCUUGACCAUGGGCGUGAUGAAUGCCCGAGCUGACGGUGCAGCAACUUCGGUUUGGAGCCGCAUGUUACUGGGUAGACCUCAUAUGCCAGAGGAUACAGGGAAUCAACUGCUUGGCCCUGGUAGUCUAUUGCUCAACAGCAAGUCGAGUCAAGAAACUGUCCCUUUACUCAUCAUGGGAUUGCCUCGAUCUGGGUCAGAAUCUAUUCAUAACUAUUUUACCUGCAACAAAAUCAAAUCUUCCCAUUAUUGCUGCGAUACAGAGAAAUCUUUAGCAGGACAACCUGCCCGAUCACAGUUCCCUUGUCGCAAAGAUCAAGUCACUUGUGGAUCAUGUGUCUUGAAGAACAUGAAAUCAGAGCGUCCUCCUUUCCAAGGCUGUGGAGACUACUAUGUCUGGUCCCAAUUUGACGUCGAGACCACAGAGCCCUACUCAUGGUUCUUGCCACAGCACAAAACUCUUCCACUGAUUCAUGAAGCAUACCCCAAUGCUGCUUUCAUCCUCAACACUCGAAAAGAUGCUGGAACCUGGGCUGAUUCAGUGUUGCACUGGAACUCGGAAUCUCUGGACCGAGCCAAUGAGGUGGAGAACCUCAAGAAGAAACGAAAGCUCUUGAUGACAGUCUAUGAUCGACACAUGAAGAAAAUUCGAAAGUGGGCCGAGGAUUACGGCCAUCCACUCAUGGAAAUCAAUGUGGACGAUCCCCAGACUGGCAACGAUUUGGCCGAGGCAUUCAAAAUGUCACAGGGUUGUUGGAAGUUUGAUGCGAUGCACUUGACAAUGACUGGAAGAACUUUACUUUUCCAUUUUAGGACGCCGGUUGGUUGCUCGGGGUCUCUAUGUAGCAAUAGGCGGACUUGGCCAAGUGAGCCUUCCUGUAGCAGCAAACACUUUUUCCCUCUGAAAACUACCUACACACGAUACCGGUAG